AUGCCACCAAAACGAAAGUUCAAAGGCACAAAGGUCAUCUCUAGCACCCCUCUCAAGGCACCGCCCGCUAGCGCAUUGUCUAAUAAGCGAAGUAGUCUUCAGGGUUCGAAGACAUCUCGCCUUGCUCCUUCAGUACCGUUCCAAAUGACAACGCGUCGCGGUGCAAAAGGCACGUCUAACCACACGAGCUCGGCUGGGCCAUCUAGCGCAAGCUCUGGCAGUCGUCGCAGUUCUCUGAGUGAGAUUGCGCAAAACGGGGAUGCAACUUCCGACCAUGAGGAGGCGCGACCAGCCAAGCGCAGCCGAACAUCGUCUGAUUCUGGUUCGCCGCAGAGGUCUAAUGGCUCUUACGACAACAACACACCCAUGAAUGGCACGCAAACUCCAGAGCUACAGAAACCUUCAUCCGAUGCGACUUCAACGGCAUCAAAAACAGCAGGCAAGAAGAGACGCGCAUCAGACGACUCAACACAGUCCAGCAAAACACGUCCAAACGGAGUUCUAACCCGAAACCAAAGCGAUGCCUCCGAACAACAACCGCGCAAAAAGCGCAAAACAAAGGAAACACCAGCAGACACCGCCGCCGACCAACCUCCUGAGUUAACAGAUGCUAGCACAGCACCUAAUUCACCUGAACAGGUUCCAGAUGUUGACGGCCAUCAAAGCCUUCAGAACGUUCUGCCGACCAAUGGCGAUGCCCCUGCAAAGUCCGGCAGGCGUUUGCCCGGUCGUCGGCGCCAACCGCAUUCGGACAUCAAUGUGGAGACUGAUUUGCGUCGACAGCUCAAUCUCAAGAUGAGUUACCGCAGUCUUGCAAAGGUCCAGAAGGUCUUACUAGAAGAGUUGGCGAAUCGCACAACGAAGAAUCUCGAAGAUGAUCCCCAAUAUCAUAAAAAAUGCCCCGAGUACGACGCUGUUAUGGCCCAGCUGGACCAACGACGCGAUGCUCGUCUGGACCAAAUCAAUGCUAUGCGCACAUAUCGCCUCGAAGAACUGGAGCGAGUGCGCAUUGCUGAGGAGUACAUUCAGCGUGAGCAAUACAUCAACAGAUUUCGGGAACUACAAGAUGACUUCAUGCUUCAAAUAUUCUACCGCGCUAAGCAACUUGAGCGGGAGAUGAAGGGCCAGGAGGCUGAUGCAACAGACGACGAAGACAACAUACUUCCACCUACAUUCAGUGACGAACCUCAGCAUGCUGACGAUUACCGCAUCGGCUCGAAGUUUGCCUCACGCAGCAGGGCUUACGUUGAGGCAGACAAGGAACUUAGAAACGACUCUGUGCGACGAAAGUUCACUGCAGCACGUGUUGCUUUUGUCGAGAACGACAAAGAGGCUGAUGAUUCUAUUGAAGACGUUGCUGGUGGCUUUGCGAAGUUCGACGGACCAGACCGUACCGAAGCCAUCGCACAUUACAACAUCACCAGUCUCGCUGAUGCCGCUGUCGAAGUUGAAAGGACGCCAACACCACAACCAGAACCACCCAAGGCCGAGGUCAUUCCAAAUGAGCAUGCUGCCCUGCUCAUGAUGCUUGCCGACAUAUCAGCACAUCAGCCGCGCACUACUGUCGCGCCAAAGCCCCAAUACCACUAUCCAGAUCCGCGCCAGCAGCCACCACCGCCGCCACGAGCGACAACGCCUAUCAUCAAACAGGAGCCUGUACGAGAAAAGUCGCCCGAAUUCGCGCAGCCAGCGAUACCGCUGGGAUUGCCGUCUCAAGCUGCGCAUAGUAGUCCUCCUAAGCGCACCCAGGCUGCAGUAGAUCUCACCCAAGGUGGCCCUCUUUCUGAACCUAAUGCCACGACGUCGGCGAAGGAGGCUGAAACUCCGGCGAAGUCAACACCAAGAUUAUCAACACAUAGAAUCAUGGAUAUCCUCAACGACGAUCAAGAAGUCCCUGUUUCUAGGACAAGAGAGUCGCAGCCCCCGGCUCGAGAGCCGAGCACACCAUCGAUGCGAGAAGCUUCUACUCAUCGCCAAACGCCAUCCAGAAGCGAUGCGCUUAGGGUAGACGCUGUGAUGAACAAGGAAGAGCCGCCUAUAGAUCAGGCAUUGAUGGACGCAUUGAGUGGUCCACCUCAAAGCAACCCGCCAUCUUCACCGCCAUCAAACACUCAGUCGUGGCAACAACAACCACUGCAACAACAAACAAGUGUUCCACCGCAGUCACGAGAGUCCGAAGAGUCAUUGCGUCGCCGGGAUCCUUUGCAAAAGAUUAGGGAACUUCUCGACAGAAAGGCACGCGAGCUUGGUCGAGAACCUCCAGAUCGCUCCCACUACAGACAGGGACCUGCAUGGUACAAACCAGCUCCUCAAUCCUCGAAUACACAGGAACGAGCCGAAGUCGCGGCAUACGAUCCAACAAGGCCAUCGACUGGGCUGUAUGAUGCGUUGCCAGGCAUAUUUUCAGCCCGUCGACAAUCCCACGAACAAGCCGCUCAGCAAUGGGAGCACGACAGGCGAAUGAGUGGCCAUCAAGUGUCUCAACAACCUGCGGCAUCACCAUAUCAGGCCCAUGCUCCCCAGCCUCAUUAUGGGGAGCAUAGUAGGUCAGGCCCGACUCCACCGACACAUCAAAGCCCAUAUGCUCCACCCUCAGGAGCAUUGCCACUUCCGCCAAAGCCUCCUGGGCCGCUGCCAUCCGCGCCGCCCAUUAACUACCGCUUCGCACAUUAUGAUCCGGCGCCGCCUCGCCAACCAUAUCCACCGCAAUCACCAAGCUACCCACCAACAUCGCAUCCGCCUCAAGGGCUACCACCACCAUACCCACAACCAUAUGGCAGUGCUCCAUCCUAUCAAGGCGGCUACAUACCACCACCAGGAUCCUUCCAAGCACCACCCCCUCCACCAUCGAGCACAGGCUCAUACCAACCACUUAAGAUCCACCAGUACGGCGGCCAACCGAUACUUCCCGCGAACAUGGCACCUCCCCCACAAAACGGACCACCGCCGCUGCCCUUCAUCGGACAACAUGGACCACCACAACAGGGCCCUCCCCCUCCUCAACAACAAGCCUACUCCCCAACUCAUCCUCAUCCACCGCCGAUGCAAUAUGAGCAGCGUGAGUCUCAGCCUCAAAACAAUGGCGAACGCUCUUCAGACCCACAAUCAAGGCCCAGGCGGCAGUAUAGGAGCUAUCACGCCCCCGGAACUCAGUUCAGGAGCUACCAGGGACCCGGGGAACAGCGGAGGAGGGGUGGCUAA